AUGGAACUCGUAUAUUACUUCUUCUUGGCAUGGUUACUUGUAUUGAUCUACAAUAUAGUUGCAUACUUCUAUAUGCGUUACAGAGAAGCUAGACAUAUACGCCGAGAAGCCCAGAUCUUCGAAGAUCAUCUUAUGGAGGUCAAAAGAGAAAUGGUAGCUCACGUCAUGAAGCAGCUCACUUCCAAAAAUUCUAAUCGAAACCAGUCGAAUCGAAGAAAAAAACAUCAAAAGGAACAUCGGGCUUCUCAUAAGUGA